GAUCACUAGACGCUGCUUUGAGGAUACUCGGCAGGGAUCAGAAAACAAGCCUUCUCCGGCCAAGCGCUGAGGAUUGUAUAUCGUUACUGUCAUCACCGCUACAGGGGCGCAGCCAGGACACAGUUACAAAAUGGGAGACUGAAUACACCUGAAAGCAUUUUAAUAUGUUUCCUGUGGACCACGAUGAACUCUGUUCCACGUUCUGCUCCAUUGUGUCAUUCCAAGGACCUUGUGGUCAGGAUCCUGGUGUUGGGUUUGUAAUCUAGGCCCUACUGCCUCCCCACCUCCCCUCCCAUUUCUUGCACAAAGAGAAUGGACAGCCCCCCAAAACUGUCAGGGGAGACCCUUAUCGUUCAUCACAUCCCACUGGUACACUGCCAGGUCCCAGGCAGGCAGUGCUGUGGCUCUCUCAAGCGGACCAACCCCUUCUGCCAACCAGACUUAGGCCUGACACGUACCACGUCCCUCCCUGAGCGAGACGUCCUGCACAGGGAGGCUCUGGUGUACAGCAGCCUGAUCCAGACCUCCAGCAGCAGUGGAGGGGGUGGGGGCGGCAGCAGCCUGGUCAGUGACUCCUCUUCCUUCACCUCCUCCAACAAUUCGGAAGAGCCACCCCCACCUCCCCGGCCCAAGAGCAGGGACCCCACAGGCAAAGCCAAUGUGCUGAGACACAACCCAUUCCUGCUGGACGCUGAGGACGAUGAGGGUGAGGAGCUGGGUGGGGAUGAAGGAGACAACCUGAAUGGCUAUCUGGAGGACAGCUCCUUCCAUCUGCAUGGGAAUACCAAUGCUGCCAGCAACAAGACGUCAUCUUUCCAUCUGCAUGACCUUGCCUUGGCUGCUGAACCCUUCUUACUGCAUGACAGCCUAAGAGGCGUGCACAAGACAUGGUGCACUCUGUCAGGAAGACCAGGAGUAGCCGAGGGCCAUGAGGCUGACAGGUCAGGCCAUAAUGUGGGGGCUCUGAAGACUGCAAAACGGUUAUCAGAUUGCCUGGACCUCCUGGAGCUUGACUGCCAGGGGCGGCAUGGCAGUAGUGGCUCCACCCUGUCCAUGGACUGCGGCGAGCAGGAGUGGAUUGGGAGCCCCACCGAGGAGGAGGAGGAUCCCCUGAGGAAUGGACACUGCAGCCGCCCUUGCAGCUGCUGCUCCAGCUCAGAUUUUGCUCUGCACGGCCAAGGACACCGCUGUUGCUGCUUCAGCUUCUCGGAACCUUCGGAGAAUGCCGACCACCAGAUGGGCUACGUCAGCGACUCCUCCUGCAACAGCUCCGAUGGAGUGCUGGUCAACUUCAGCGCCAUCUACAAUAAGAUGAAUAAUGGUGGCCCUGCCAAGCCCCUCAACCUCAACUCCGAGGACCAAUCAUGCACGUCCUCAGUCUGUAGCCACUCAGAGGCCGGGGGAGCCUUCUACUUGGAUCUGCACACCUCUCCUACUGAACCCCGGGGUGGCACUAAUUCUUCCCAGGAUGCCAACACUUGUAGCUGCCACUCACCCCAGGCUGUGGAUGCCAACUGCAACUCCUACCACCUGCACUGUGAUGGUGGAUCUUGCCACACUGAGACCUCCGACCUCACUUCCUGUUUCCAGAGCCAGGCACGACUUGUGGUGGCCACACAGAACUACUACAAGCUGGUGACUUGUGACCUCUCUUCUCAGUCCUCCCCCAGCCCCGCUGGCUCCUCUAUCACCAGCUGCUCGGAAGAGCAGCCCAAGAGCAGCCCAAGCCAGCCCACUGAGUAUUACCUCUUCAGAAAGCCAGAGGACCAGGAGGCUGUGAUGGAAUCAAAGGAUAAUGAACAGGAGCAGGAGGGGGGGAAGAGUGGCGAAGAGGUUUUGGAGCCCCCUCAGAAUGUCAUCGAGGGGCAGUUGUACGUCAACAUCUCUCCGCCCAUGUUGACCGGUGGCGGGGCCACGGGGCGGCCGCGCUCCCGGAGCUACGACCGCAACCUGGACAGGUCCCCCCCGCCGCGGCUUGGCUCCCUGGAGCGCAUGCUGAGCUGCCCGGUGCGGCUGAGCGACAGCGCGGCCCGCGCCUCGCCGCCCCCCCGCGUCACCUCCUUCGCCGAGAUCGCCCGCAGCAAGAGGAAGAGCGCCAGCCUGGGAGGGGGGUCGCCGCCCCCGAAGAGCAGCACGUCGUCGUCGUCCCAGGAGUUCUCCCCCAUCCCCGAGCCACGCCACGCCGGGGAGAGCCGCAGCCUGCCGCCCAUGCCCUUCGGACGCUGCUACAGCCAGAGCAGCGUUGACCUGACGCCACACGCCGGCCCCCAGGAUCCUCAGCCUCUCGGGGUCUCCCCCGGGGCCCGCACCAAAGCAGAAGGGGGCUCCUCGGAAGGGCGGCCUGUGGUGCGCUACAGCAAGGACCAGCGCCCCACCACCCUGCCCAUCCAGCCCUUCAUCUUCCAGCACCAGCUGAGCAAGCAGCCCAAGCUGCGCCCGCUGCUGAGCGACUACGUCAGCCAGAUGUACAGCCGGCCCAGCGGGCAGCCGGCACGUGACCGGGGCUUGCAGAGAGAAGGGGAGGACGGGGAAGAAAAGGAAAGAAACGGGGCGAAGAAAGUGGCCCCGGAUUCCGUGCGCCCCUCCCCUCUGGGUAGCUAUUCGCCUGUCCGCCAUGGGGCACCCAGCUCCGAAACGUGCUCCACCUGCACCCCGAGUCCAGACAAAGGCCACAGCACCAGUCAGCCCACGCGAAGCCUCUCAUGCCCCUUGUCUGCCAGCCUUCUGCCCGUCCGGCCAUCCCCGGUGCCCUGUGGGAUUGUUCUGCCGCCUGGCAACGCCAACCAGACCAGAGAGUUCAGGGAUGUCGUCCCGAAGGAGCCUCAGCAGGCCACGCCUCCGCAGGCCCCGAGGAAGGAACCAUCGUCCUUCCUCCCAUCUGUCUCGGGGUGCAACGUCCACCGCAGUUCUCUCCCCACGCUGCCCACUUCUGGGUUCAGCCCGCUGGGACACCUAGAGCCGGCACAGCGCUGUGGAAGCAGCGAGGGAGUCCGAGCCAGUGCAGCCAACUGUAUGGGUGCCCGCCCACCCAAUGCAAACCACCUCUCCCCUCAGGCCCUAAAGUGGCGGGAAUAUCGUCGUAAGAACCCCCUGGGCGUGGACCGGGCAGUGGGAGCCCCUCUGUCGGGCAGCUUGGACACCCGGAGACCGGAGGGCAGGCUGACCCGCCGCAACGUGUUUGACUUUCCAGCCUCUGCCAUCCAUGCCCAUUCCAGGCUGAACGGCCAGUCCAUGAAACAGCUACAGAAUUACUACAGCGACUUCUUCCCAGACUACUUCUCGCUGACUGAGAGGCCACCUGAGGAGUUCUGUCUGUCCCCCGAUGCCACAGCCGAGUCCAUCUCCAUCGACCUGCUGCAGAAGAAAGGUUUGGUGAAGACUGUAAAUACAGCAGUGGACUUGAUAGUGGCUCAUUUUGGGACUAGUCGAGACCCUGGAGUGAAGGCCAAACUGGGAAAUAGCUCUGUGAGUCCCAACAUAGGCCAUCUUAUCCUGAAGUACCUGUGCCCGGCCAUGAGGGAGAUAUUGCAGGAUGGGCUCAAGCCCUAUGUGCUGGACAUGAUCAUUGGGCAGCGCAAGAGUGUGCCCUGGAGUGUGGUAGAGGCGUCCACACAGCUGGGCCCUUCAACCCGCGUUCUGCACAGCCUGUAUUCGAAGGUCAGCCAGUACUCUGAGCUGACCAGCCACAGCAUGAGGUUCAACGCCUUCAUCUUCGGCCUGCUCAACUUGCACUCUUUGGAGUUCUGGUUCAAUCACCUAUACAUGCACGAAGACAUCGUGGGAGCGCACUAUCACCCGUGGGGCUUCCUGCCCCUCUCUCAGGGAGUGUGCCAGCCGCUGUUCGAGGAGCUGCUCCUGCUGCUGCAGCCGCUGUCCCUGCUGCCCUUUGACCUUGACCUGCUCUUCGAGCCCCGGCUGCUGCAGAAGGGCCAGGAGCAGCGGCGACGCAAAGAGCAGCUGUGCUCGGCGGGCCAGGGCCUGGAGCAGUCCGUGCGCUCCACCUUCCAGCUCAUGAGGGGCCGGGGCCCAGCGCCGCCACCCCGCGAGGGGGCGGAGCUACGGAAGGAGGGGGCGGAGACCGAAGUCAGGCAGCCGGGACCGAGGGUGGAUCCGAACGCGACGGAAGCGGAGCAAGGGAGAGAACGGAGCGGGGAAAGGAGGCGGACGGGGAGGGCAACAGAGGGGCUACGAGAGUGUGGAGGAAGUGGGAAAGGCGGUAUCGUACAGAGGGCAAAGGGAGUCGGAGGGGAAUCUUGGUGGGACAGAGAGGAGGGCGAGAGGGAGAAGAGGAAGGAGCAGCAGAUGCCAGAGGAGGCCAGACAGAGAGACAGGCAGGCAGGGUGGUGGUAUCAGCUCAUGCAGAGCUCCCAGGUCUACAUUGAUAACUCGGCUGAGGGAGCAAAGUUUGUCAAGUGGGAGAAAAGGAAGAAACCAGCAGGAGAGCUGUCUGGGUGUCCAGCACAGGUAUCCAAAGGCCAGGAUAGUGGGCGCAGGCAGGCCCAGCCACCCCCUAGGGAGGGAGUGGUGGAGGGAGCAGAAGCCAGCCAGGAGACAGAUGCCAGAAAGGAAAGCAGUAGUGAUUUGAGCUGGAGUGGCAAAGGGAAGCCAUCUUGGAUGGGCAGCCCUCCCGACUCUGUGCUCAACGAGCUCAAGCAGAGCAAGGAGAAGGAGCCAGAGAUGCCGGGGGCUGGCGUGACAUGUGGAUCCCAGGAGGAGGUGACCUCGGAAGGGGCCACCCAAGGACUGCGCUGGGGGAGGCUGUUUGGGGCUGGUGUUAGGUCCCCUUCCCGGCUGCAGAAAGCAGAGAGAGCUCAGAAGAGCAGGCUGCCCUCGGGAUGGCUGAGCUUGGACAGGUCGAUGCUGGACCUGGUGGCACAGACUAUGGGAGCAGGGAAACGCACAGACCUUCCCCCACAACAGCAGGCCCUGCCCUCCACCAAAGAGCAGGGUCCCGCACAGCAACCAGAAGCACAGGCACCCAAGCAGCAGGCACUGUGGGAGGUGAGGGCGCUGUGUCACCACAUAGCCACAGAGCCUGGCCAGCUCAGCUUCAACAAGGGGGACAUCCUGAGGGUGCUGAGCAGGGCCGAGCCAGACUGGCUGUACUGUGCCCAGGGAGACAGCUAUGGCCUAGUGCCUAUCAUCUAUGUCACCCUGUUGGAAGGGCUGCAGGGCAAUUGAGCUGCCCCACCCAGGAGGAGGGGCUGGGCUGAGGAGGGACCGGGGAUAGCCAAAAAACACAGACCCACCUCCUUCCGGACAGACCACCGGAAAGUACUCUCAUACACGUGCACAUACAAGUACCGAUCGAUGCACACUCAAACUCAGUGCAGGAGGGCAGGCACUCCAUUGCCUGCUGUGUCAUGCCAUCCUGGUCGCCUUGACAGACUGACUCCAGCUUUCAUUAAACCGUCAAUGAUAUCUUAUUCUAGAUCUGUCUUUAUCUCUGACUAUAUCCAAGUUAUGGGUAUCUCGAGGCAAUAGAUGCAUAAAUUGUCACAGUCAAGUGAAAUGAGAUUUGUUUACCAUCUUUGAAAACAGCUGUAAAAUCCUCUGAUAUGUUGAUAUACGGGAAUGUGCACUACUUUUCUGUGCACAGAUCCUAAUGGAAUAGUUAAUAUUUAACAAAAAGUUUGGAACUCUAAGGAACAAGAAAGGGGAAAGGGCUAGAUUUAUUACAGUUGGAGCGCUUGCUGCGAUAGAAGUGUAAUUGAUUACAUUUGCUGUACAUUAAGAUCAAAAUGUCUGUUGUACGCUACAGUACAGAAUGAUGCUCGACUUCAGCCAUAGGUGUGUUUACAGUUUUUAAUAAGACAGUGUUUUGUUGCAUAAAAUCUCAUAAGUUUAUUUUAGAGAAAUAAUUAGCAUCAACUAAAAAACUUACAAAAAUCCCACAAGCUGGAUUUGCUUUUGAUAAUAAAAAAAUGCUUUUUAAAGCAUUUUGCGAGGUGGUGCCACAAUUCCUGCAAUAAACUGGUGUCCCACCCAGACUGGUGUGCUGCUGUGCACCCUGUGCUUCUUUAAUAAGCAGCUUUCUAAUAAGGGAUGAGUGGAUGGUACCACAACUCAUUGGCAGUGUAUUAUACUUGGAGCAAAUGUGAUGUAUCUAGACAUUUCAGAGGAUUUUACUGCUCUUUACCAUCUUUUCUAAGUCUUUUUUUCAAUAGAAUGUCCAAAUUGUAGUUAAACCAUGCGUGUGCAUUCUGUCUUCUCUGUAUUUUACCAGUCACGCUGGUUGAGGAAAAAUAAUGCAGUACUGCGCAGAGUUAUAAAUCCACUAAUAAUACAUAUUUAUCAAGGGUGUUUUAAUAUGGCUUGUUAAUAAAGAUUAAUCACUAUGUAAAAUAGGUGUCUAAUAAUACUGGGUCUAUAGUACUCUAGACUCCACACCCUGAUUUAGAUUUCACAUUAAUGCCAGGAAAAUAAAAGUGGAUUUCAUUCUAGUAUGUGUAACUAAUGCGGGAUGGAAUAAUCAACCCUCUAGUUGAAAGAUGCAUUACAUUUGGUUGAUCUCUUAAAUCCAAAGAAAGAUAUGAAAUACCUGGGCAUCUUUACACUAAAAUGUAAGGUGAAGAAUUUUUCUGCUUAAAAAAAAACAUGACACAAACACAUCUACGCCUGUUCAGGCCCCCUUUGUAUUAAUCCAUAUGGAGUCCUUGACAUUUUGCCAUGAUUCUUUUUUUCUGACUAAUGCUGAUGAGAGCAUUCCCACCAGUGGAUUUCAGUCAAGAGAGAGGACAGCCGCCUUACUGUACAGAUAUUCUCUCGGACUUUUCCAUGGCAAUUAAACUGGGUGACCAGCAGCCAUUCCCAGACUUGACCCUGUUUGAACUUCAUGUUGCAGAGAUCCGGUGAGGUCUUGAAACCUGGGCCCGCUCGGGAGAGCACUCUCAGGACCCACCACCUACAGUAGAUCCAAACUACUGAAGAAGAUCCGCGGCUGCAAUGGACAGUUACAGUACAUUGUGUAUUGAGACCCCCUUUCUGGCUCCAGGACCAGGCGCUGUCUGUGCUUCAGUUCAUCAGCAGAGAACUGUUAGAGCUACAGGCAGGGAAAAGGGGAGAAGGAGCAUGUGUCCCCACAAUAAACAUACUGCAUCCCCUCUCUGCAUUCAUUCAAUGAACUCUGAGCUCCACAAAGGUGUAGGGAAACACAAAAACCUAUAUACAGUACAAAUAAUAUAUGUGUUGCAUUUAAUUUAUUUAUUAAAUAUGUAACUUAUUCCAGGUAGUGUAUAGCUGCAUAGUGAUGUGCAGUACAAUAGUUAAGGAUGUAAAAGGAAGCGAGCAGGCCAGCAAGGAUUCAGGAUUCAGCAGACAGAGGAGAAGCCAAGGCUCUUGGGCACAGCCCUCGCUCUGCAGUAAAAAAAAAAUCCCCAUAGGUCUGGCAAUUUCUGUGGUAUGAAAAACGCAAUAGUGAGAUAGUAAUCCACUACUAAGAAACCUUAGUACUAUACUAAAUACUAUAAAAUAGUCUAGGCAGGGGCAUCAGGAGUCUGAAGGGCCAGUAUGUCUGCAGGUUUUCAAGGUUUCUUUAAAGCAGCAGCACCUGAAGACCUGGGGGCAGAUGUUAAAUUGGUCCAAUUAAGUCUCUAAUCAGCUGGUUUAGCCUAAGAGCUGAGUUGGAAUGAAGACCUGUGGACAUACAGUCCUUUCAGGACCAGAAUUGAACACCUCUGGUCCAAAAUAUGACCUUCAAACUUAAAUUUAAGAGAUCUGGAUACAGACAAAACAGUAGUGAUUACAUUCUCAUUUAAUUUCUAUUUCAUUGUAUGUAUUUCUUUUGUUCUCAGAUUUUUGCAUUGUUCCAUUAUGCAGUGCACCACUGUACUCAUGACCCAUCUUAAAAAAAAUAGACAAGGUGCUAAAACUUUACUUACCAAAACACACAUCACAUUGACUGCACUGCUUUUAAAAUUGGUAUAUAAGUGUGUGCAUUUCACAGAUAUUUAAAAUUGUAACAUGGCAUUAACUUGUGAUAUAACACACCGACCCUUCUAAAAGUAAACAUCUGAAUUUUGAAAGAAACGAAUAAUGCUGAUCAAAUAAUUUUUGGAAUUGGAAAGGGAAUAUUCAGUGUGUUUCUAUUCCAGGGUGUGAUGAAUAUUGUCACUUGGUUAUUGGGGCAUUAGAUAUAUUUUUUUCCUUGUCUUUUAGCAAUCAUCUCUAUCAGGGCUGUUAAAGAAGUUUUAAACAUUUAAACUAAACAAACCAAUUGAGCUUUAAAGGAAUACAUCAUAAAGUAGUCAGAGAUACACUGCUUGUGUUUUUAACAGGCAAUGUCCAAAUACUCGCAUGCAUUUUUAAUUAAUGCUUUGUAAUGUCACCUUUUUUCUUCUUUAAAAAUAUUACUUUUAGAGUUGAAUACUGUAAAUAAUAUAAUUACCACAGCUAUUUUGCUGACAACAUAAUGUAGCUGAAAUUGGGUCCUGAGGAGGGAUUAAGAUUCUUUAUUUGCAAUUUUGUAAAUAAGAGAAGAUAUGUGAUAUGAAUUUUUAUUUGCCAUUGUGGCACAAUGAGGUUAGUGGACAUGUGUUAGAUCAAGAGGUGUCAUGAUCUUAUGAUCAAGCAAUGAAAGUCCUUUUGAAUCAGCUAUUUGUCUUCAUGGGACUGAUUCAGAGUUAAGAGAACAAAAUGGGCUACUGUACAAUUUAAAACUGAAUCCACUAGGUAUUGCUAUUGUUAUCUGAAACAAAUCCAGGGACUGAGGUUCCUGAAAGCUUUCUGGACUUGCUUUGCUUCCUAUUUACAUCCUUGGCAGAAAUGACAGGCAGUAUUACUGGGAGAGGAGAGACAGUAUUGGUGCCUUUUGGGAGGACAGUUCUGUGGAGUUGUCAGCACUGCCUAGACCUGCACACACAAGUUGAAUCCUUCUUAACUGCUUGAUGUUUGAGCUUCAGGAAAAUAGUUCUGUAAAGGGAGCAGCAGGUAUAUAUGUACAUGUAUUUAUUAUUUUCUGUCUGUUAGUAUAAUAACUCCUGCUUGUACAUAUUCCAGGUGGCACCAAUGUUUUCUUUUAUCAAUGCUAUAUAAUGUGUAUGGCAUUAUUAAUUUAAGGUGGCUAUUAAUAACAAGGUGCUCAUGUGAACACAACCUAA